AUGUCAAGGCUACAAAAGAAUUCCACUAUUUGUGGUUUAACCUUUACAUCACAGGAAAACCAGGAAAACAGGACACUGAAAGUCACCUUGCUAAGUAGUGAGUGGAAAUCAUCAACUGAUGGGGACUUAUCAAUUAUCAACCGAGAGCUGGCCAUCCAGUUAGCAAAACACCCCAAUGUGGAUAUUAGUGUCUUGCUUCCAAAUUGUAGUGGAGAGGACAGGAGCAGUGCUAAACGUCACAAUGUGAAGCUUAUCAAAGCAGAUAGAGUUUUGGGUGAAGGGCCAGUUCUUUGCCUGUUAUAUCCUCCAAAGAACCACACAAUGGACUGUGUCAUUGGUCAUGGAGUUCGCCUUGGCCAACUAGCUGCAUCCAUCAUGAUAAAUUCAAAUUACAGUCAUUGCAAAUGGAUUCAAGUUGUUUCCUCUGCUCAUGAAGAAGAAGGAAUGUGCAAAAACAUUACAGAAGGUGAAACAAGGCACAAAAUAGAAAUCCAAUUCUGUAAAAUGGCUGACCAAGUUAUCACAAUUGGACCCAAGCUGGCAGAAGCUUACAAGCGUUACCUUAGUCCAGUUAAACAAGAGGAAAAGGUUUUUGACCUUACUCCUAGCAUUUUCUCUAAAUUUUUGGAAGUAGAGCAAGCCACUAAAGAAAGAAAAACCUUCUGUAUUCUUCUUAAUGGAAGUGGUCACAGCUGUGAAGAUUUCAAGGUCAAAGGGUACGAUAUAGCUGCCAAAGCAAUUGCUGAGUUGAAAGAUGAAUCCUACAAACUCAAGUGUGUCUGCGCAGCUGAGGGAGAAGAAAAUAGUUUGGCAGAACAGUUGCUCGACCAUGGCAUUAGUCGCAAGCAGCUUACUGUUUGCAGCUUUGAUGAUAGCAGAGAAGUGCUGGCUGAUUUAUUCUGUGAAGUGGAUCUUGCAAUAAUGCCAUCCAGGGCAGAAGGGUUUGGAAUAACAGCUCUGGAAGCAUUAUCUGCUGGUCUGCCUGUACUUGUCAGUGGUAAUUCAGGACUUGGAGAAGCUCUGAAGGAAGUGCCUUUAGGCUCACAGAGUGUGGUAGACUCUGAAGAUCCUAAAGACUGGGCCAAAGAAAUCAAGCGUGUCCGUCAGAAAAAGAGAGAAGUGCGACUUUCAGAGUCAAAUCUUUUAUGCCAAGAGUACUUGAAGAAGUAUAGCUGGGAGGAGCCUUGUAAGAAUCUUGUGAGAAAGAUGAGGAACCUUGUCUUUGGUUCUUCAGAAAUUAAGGCAACUAUACUAGUGAAGGGUAAGAGACCAGCAUCUGUCAGUGCAGAUCAGCUUUGCAAGCGACACAGGAACCAGUUGACUAUUCCUGACUACUGUGAAGGUGGGAGGGAACAAGUUAUCAGUAAACUUCAACAGUGGCAACAGAAUGCUGGUAGAUGUAAGAUCAGCAGCAACACAGAACCCCUCUCAAACUUAAAGAAGAUUGCUUCAGAAAAGGGUUAUAGAAUUUCUGACAAUUCAGGGUCAGGAAAUUGUAUGUUCCAUGCCUUGUCAGAGCAACUGGAGAUUGUCAAAGGAGUAAAGAUCCAUCAUUUUGAAUUAAGGCAUUCCUUAGUUCAGUAUCUCAGAGAGCACCCAAAACAGGUGGAUGGAACAGACCUGUUUCAUUAUGUUGAUAGACACACAACAUGGGCUGAUUACUUAGCUAACAUGGAACAACAUGGUACUUGGGGUGAUCAUGUGAUUCUCUGGGCUGCAGCAAACUGUUAUCAAAUUGCCAUUCAUGUGAUUAGUAGUCUUCCACACCACAGUAAGGUAAUUAUCAAACCAGAUUUUCCAUUUGACCAAAGCAAGCAUCUAGUACUGGGACAUGUUCAUGAAGUACACUAUGUCAGCCUUCAGCCCUUGCAAGGUUCUUUUGGGUAUGGUUUACCUCAUUUGUCAUCGGGGCACAGUCAAUCUCUUUCUUUUUCAGACAUUGCUAGAAAUGAAGACCCCAUUCAUUGGGGAAGUCACACUCAAAAUGAGAAAUUGAACAUUAUUGUUGAUACAGAAGAAUUGAAGCCUAAUGGAACCAAUAUGCAGAUUACAACCGGAGCUGGGUUUCCUACAGAGGGAAGUGUGUCUCAUUCAGGAGCAGAGAAAGUCUUGAUGUCAAUUGCUUUGAAUUACCUGGAAACCACAUCAAUACAGUCAAGAGAAGACUGUGAUAUGUUUAGGGAAUACCUGAAAGAAAUUAGGCUCAUUAUAAAAGGUGUCUCAUUAGGUUAG